AUGUAUGGUAAUUUUACAAUUGAAUGGGAAGUGUUUAGUGCACUAGAUUGCGAUAUUACUACGGUGGCUUUUGAAACAUCAAGUAUAACAACAACAGAAAUAGAUAUUAGCUCUGACCCUCUAAUUAGUACUCAACUCGAUACAUCCACAUCAACGUCACAAAACCAAACGGUCACAACAACUACCAAUCCAUAUUUUGUCAGUAAUUGUAACAGUAGUGGAAUUGGUCCUAACUGCAAUAUAUCAACGGAUGCAUGUACAAUGAGUCAUCCUUGUCAAAAUGACGCAUCCUGUUUUCCAAAUAAUACAUUACCAUUAUAUUAUACAUGCAACUGUAUAUAUGGAUAUACUGGCUACGAUUGUCAAAAUGAUGAAAGACCAUGUAAAGAAAACACUUGUUGGAAUAAUGGAAGUUGUUCAGAAGUGAACAUGACUAAUUUUCGUUGUGAUUGUGUUGAAGGUUACAGUGGUAUUAAUUGUCAACUAGUUAUAGACGAUUGUUCAAACAUUACCUGUCAAAAUAAUGGUUUUUGUGUAUCGUUAGUAAAUUCAUGGCGUUGUGAAUGUUUAGAUGAUAGUAUGUACGACGGUGCCUAUUGUCAAUAUAAAUCACAAAGUCUGGUUAUUAAAGAAUGGGUAGCAAAAUCAUUUGGAUUUGUGGCUAUUGGAGCCAUCAUUACCGUUUGUCUAUUUGUGAUCAUUAUGGAUAUAUUAAGAUAUUUUUUCAAAAUUGAUCCGGUAUAUGAAAAUGAGAAGAAACGAAAAGCGAAACAUCAACUGCAAAAUCCAGGAAAACAGAAACCAGUACAGAUACAAAGUAAGCCAAUAGCAUUAAGGUUUCAAUACGUCCAAUAA